GACAGUGGGCACCGCGUCAUCUUGCAAGGCAGUGGGCACCGAGUCACCAGGCAUGACAGUGGGCUCUGAGUCAAUUGGCACGACAGCGGGCACCGGGUCAUCAGGUACUGGAUCGUCUGGCUCGACAGCAGGCAUCGGGUCAUCUGGCGCUGGAUCGUCUGGCUCGACAGCGGGCAUCGGGUCACCAGGCAUGACAGCGGGCACCGGGUCAUCAGGUACCGGAUCGUCUGGAUCGACAGUGGGCACCGGGUCAUCUGUUGUUGGAUCGUCUGGCUCGACAGCGGGCAUCGGGUCACCAGGCAUGACAGCAGGCACUGGGUCAUCAGGUACCGGAUCGUCUGGAUCGACAGCGGGCACCGGGUCAUCAGGCAUUGGAUCGUCUGGCUCGACAGCGGGCGCAUCGGGUCACCAGGCUGGAUCAGUUCAUCAGGCUGGGUACAGACAUCAGGCUGGGUAGAGACAUCAGGCUGAAGUGCGGGUGCCGAGGCACCAGGC